AUGAUGUCAUAAUUAGGAUCACCCGAGAGACUGCCCUCUCUGACUCCCAGAGUUGUUGAUAGCAUUCUAUAACACCUGGGAGCAAGCACUGACCAUGACAAUCGAGUAUAUCAGAAAGAAAGGAAGAGAGUGAGAUUUGAGGAUUCGUAAAUAGGACUACUUCUUCAAACCCCGUUGAGACCAGUCCCUCAAGGGAAGAUGUACAUUUACUUAAUAGCACGAUUUUUCUUUAAUUCAAAGCUAUGUGUAAUUAAAAUCAAAAUAAUAAAAGUUGAUGCUUUAUUUAAAUUGAUACGAAAUAUUAACUGCAAGUAAUGAUGCUCAAUGAUUAGGAAGUGGAUAUGAUAAGUUGUUUGAUUGGUGCAAUUUGGUUUAUUACUUUAUGAUAUGUCAGUAGGAUUCCCUCCUCAUUAUAUCAUUAUAGGGAGAAUAAGAAGGAAAUUAUAAUAAAAUACUGAAUCAAUCUAUUCUAUAUUCAUCAUUGCUAUCUUAAUCAACCAAAUCAUUAUUCCAAUAAUCGUUGUUUAUUGAUUUAUCAGAAUAACACAAUCAUAUUAGCCUAAAAAAAGAUUAAGAUUUGAAUAAGAUGGAUAUGAAAUCAUGUAAUAAAGUUUCUUUAAGUCAAUCAAUUUCCAAGCUAUAUUAAAGUUAUGAAAUAGUAUAGGUAAAACCUCCUUAUUAAUUUGACAGGACACAAUUGAUGAACUAUUAACCAAAUAAAUUGCAAAAGACAUAAAAGUAAUUGGAACUUUAAUGCAGAGCUAAAAUUUUUCGAAUUAUAUCUAUGAACUAAGAUUUGCUAAAUGAAAAUUAUUAUUUUAUUCAGAAUAAAAUCAAAUAAGAAAUAUUUAUAUAAUAAUUAUUUUCCAUGAAAUUUAAUAUAAGCAAUAGACUUAGACCAUAGACUGCUUAUUCAAUGUAAUUGUAAGCUAAUGUCCGGUAAAUUUUCAUAGAAUGGUUUCUAACCCAUUAAUAAAUUGUUAGAUAAAAAUGCUGCCUACUUUUCAUUAUGCCAAGGUAAAUCUAUUCAUAAUUUUUAGACCCAUGUAUAUGAAGUGGGUGGUGUACAUUAGAAAGAUUAAAUUAAUAAAAAGGGAUAACUAUUAAAUCAUAGUAUCAACUAGACUACUUUGA